AUGUCAUCUCAAACCGGGCGAAUCGACAACCUGUCAGCUUCAAUUGCUUCCCAAAGCAACCGUGCUCAGCCAUAUUCCUUGACCACUCCGAGGGGCAACAGAACCCCACUUGUGGGCACCGCUGGUUCUGCCAAUCGCGCCGAACAGCGAAGUCUCCAAGGUUCAGGCUCGCAAGCCUCGGUGGGAGGCUCGAAUGACAGUACCAAGGACGGCGAUGUUUCACGCAUCAUGGCUGCAAUCACCAGUCUUUCUGGUAAGGUGGAAAAAGAAAUGUUGGUGAUGGCUGACACCUUGCGUCAAGAGAUUGAGCACAUGUCCAGCAAGCUCGAUGAGGACAUCGGUCAGUUGGCCAGGCAGGUGGACGAACAAAUCGCUUCGGUCGCCGACAAGCACACCAAAGACUUCAUCACCCUGUCCAACAAGCUGGACCAAGUGAAUGAGUCUGUCGAAGACAUCACACAUCAAGGUGAAGGCCCAGGUUCUGCUGCCCGGCCUGCUGCCGCAUCGAACGCCCCACCGGCGAAACACUGGUACUACUCACCUGAGCUUAAAGCAUACGCAUCGGUUCCGUUACCCACGAUCGGCGCAUAUACCAAACUUCACAAUCCCAAUGGGGACUUGUUGCCCAACUCGUUGUUUGCAACUAUUAAGCGGGCAAUCAAAGCUAUCCCCGGCACCUGGCCUGCCGAACAACUUCCUCCAGUCGUAAAUGGAGCCCAGAACGUUGCCGAUGCCCAAACGUACGCGACCUUAGUUAAGGACGCUGGGAAGCACGCUCGAGAGCGUUUACAUAAAUUGCUGUUGCUCAACAUCAAAAACAACCCUGGAAGCACGGUGCCCUGCAUGAAACGUCUGGUCCAUCGCAUCGCUCAAGAUUGUGGAACCACCGCUGAGGGUCUAGGCGAAGAGGCCUAUUGGAUCAAAUGCACUGAUCAACACCGCCUCCGCAUCGCGUACCUGCGACGAGAAGCCCUACGCAUCUUUCAAGAGCGUCGUCAAGGAGGAGCCGGAGGAAAUAUCUGGGCCAGGGUCGACCAACAUCUGCACCAUUUGGGUGUUCAAGGUACCUUAUAUAGUUCUGCGUAA